UACCACUUUGUUAAACAAAAUGAAAUGGAUGAAGUUACAAAUUUAGAAAUUUUUUUUAAAUCGCAUCAAGUGCAUCUUUCUCGUAUAUGGUUAGAAAGUUGCAUAAAUUGGUGUAAAGAGGAAAAUUUACCACCAAAUUACAGUAUAAAUCAAUUACAAGUUAACGUUUUCGAACAAUGGUUAUUACUAGAUUUAAGAGAUUUAGAAGUACCGUGUCUUCCACCGAAUUUAUCGUCUAAAGAAAAAUUCUUAUUACCAGAAAAUUACACGCUUCAAUUAAUGCAAAUAGUCGAUAUUUCCAAACCGAAAUUUUGGCAAUUGCAAAGAAUUAGAAGCAGUAUUCCAAAAAAUCACGAACAGGAAUUCGAAAAUACGAAAAGAGUUUUACAAUUAACCUUAACAGAUGGGGUACAAGACGUAGAAGCGAUGGAAUACAAACCUAUAAAGUGUUUAAAUAUAAAUCUUUCACCAGGUAUCAAAAUAAGAUUAAUGGGGCCCAUACAAAUAAGAAGAGGUCGAUUAUUGCUGGAAGAGCAACAAGUUAAGGUACUAGGGGGCGAAGUAGACAGUCUGCUCAUUUCAAACGCUACAGAAAACGUCUUAGCGAAAUUUUUAAAUCAACCCUUAAAUCCUAAACCCACAAUAAUUCAAGAAAGUCUUUUAAUUGAUAACGCCAAUGAAACAGGAGAUGCAACGACAAAUCGAUCGAAUGUAGUGAAUUUUGCUAGUAGUACCCCGAAAGUGAACAAUGAAAAUCUGGACGAUUUUGAGGAUGAUUUUAAAAUAGAUGAAGAAAUCGAAAUGCUCAUCGAAGUUGAAAGAGAAUUGGAACAAUCCGAAUCGAAUAGAAAAAAAACUCCGGAUAUGUUCGAUGAUACCGAUCUAGAUUUUGAAAAUAUUGAUAUCCCCAAUCCCCCCAUACCGACAACUAGCAAUAUAAGUUUUAGAAACAAUUCUACAGGGGUCAUCAGUAUAUCUGAUAGUGCUGAAGAAGAAAACUCAAUUGAACUCAUAAAAACAAGUAAACAGAACAUCCCCAACACUCCAAAGCCUUCUCUUCCCGUAAUAUGGUCGAUAGAGAAGCUUUUGAAAACCAUGUCAAAUAUAUCUAAUGGAAAAUUCAAAAUUAGAGGGAAAUUUAAAGAAGUAAAAGAAAAAAUGUGCGUGUUAGACGACGAUUUUCAUUUGGUGGUCGAAGUGGAAGAUUCUACUGGGUCUAUACCUGUUAAAUUCCACGGUAGUGUCGUUUCCGAAUUGAACGGGUAUACGGCCGAAGAGUUUAUGCAGUUGAAGGAUGAAUGGGGGAAAGGUAACUCGGAAGCCAAGUCCAAAGCUUUACAGGCAUUAGAGAGAUUAAAGAACCGUUUAACUGAAUUGGAUAACGUACUUGAAGUGUCUAUUAAAUCCAAUGAAAAUUUUCCGAUUCUACUAAAAAUACUGUGAUACGUCCUUAUAAUCAGAGAAAAAUAAAUUGUUUCACUGU